GGUCUGUGUAAUAGAGGAUGGCGGAGGUCUGCUGAACCCACUGGUCGUCUACGAACAUCAAGCGGCUCAUCAAGGACCGAGCGGGGGCACAGGAGGCCCUCUCCUAUUCAUCUUCCUGUCCACUGCUCAAACCGCUGCUGCUGCUACGGCUUGCCUGCAAUAGUGACAGUACCAUUGUUUUCAAACCGAAAAAGUUUUUACUGAAACUACAGUUCUUUUCUUGCAAAAAAAAAAAAAAAGCACUGAAGAUCUGCAGCCAUGACUGAGUUUUGGUUAAUCUCUGCUCCUGGAGAAAAAACCUGCCAACAGACCUGGGAAAAGCUGAUGGCUGCCACCACCAAGAAUAACAAUCUGUCUACAAAUGCCAAGUUUAACAUACCAGAUCUGAAGGUGGGCACUCUGGAUGUGCUGGUCGGCCUCUCUGAUGAACUGGCUAAACUGGACGCGUUUGUUGAAGGGGCAGUGAAGAAGGUAGCUCAGUAUAUGGCUGACGUUCUGGAGGACAGCCGAGAUAAAGUUCAAGAAAACCUUUUGGCCAAUGGAGUGGAUUUGGUGACGUACAUAACCAGGUUCCAGUGGGAUAUGGCAAAGUACCCAAUUAAACAGUCGCUGAAGAAUAUUUCGGAAAUAAUUGCAAAAGGUGUAACACAGAUUGACAAUGAUCUGAAAGCCAGAGCCUCUGCCUACAAUAAUCUAAAAGGAAAUCUACAGAAUCUGGAGAGAAAAAAUGCAGGAAGUCUCAUUACAAGAAGUCUGGCUGAAAUUGUGAAGAAAGAUGACUUUGUGCUGGAUUCAGAAUAUCUGAUUACACUGUUGGUAGUCGUUCCAAAAAAUAACUACACUGACUGGAUGAAGGAAUAUGAAACCCUCUCUGAAAUGGUUGUUCCUCGAUCUAGCAAUGUUCUUUCAGAAGACCAGGACAGUUACCUCUGUAAUGUCACCCUGUUCAGAAAAGCUGUAGAUGACUUCAGGCACAAAGCAAGAGAAAAUAAGUUUGUUGUCCGUGACUUCCAGUAUAACGAAGAGGAAAUGAAAGCGGAUAAAGAAGAAAUGAACAGACUCUCCACAGAUAAGAAGAAACAGUUUGGACCUCUGGUACGAUGGCUUAAAGUGAAUUUCAGUGAAGCUUUUAUUGCCUGGAUUCAUGUGAAAGCUCUGAGAGUCUUUGUGGAGUCUGUGUUACGGUAUGGCUUGCCAGUUAACUUUCAAGCCAUGUUGCUCCAACCCAACAAGAAGACCAUGAAGAAACUGAGAGAAGUUCUGAAUGAUUUGUACAAGCAUCUGGACAGCAGCGCUGCCUCUAUUAUAGAUGCCCCUAUGGAUAUCCCUGGGCUAAACCUCAGCCAGCAAGAAUACUACCCAUAUGUGUACUACAAGAUUGAUUGCAACUUACUGGAAUUUAAGUAAAACAAAACCCAUAUUAUCCUGUUGUCAGAACUGAAAUGAGUUUCAAGUACAGAGAGACCGUUCACCAGCUAACCCUGUGCUUGCGUCUCAUUCCUCUUAGCCAAGUGAUAUCCAACGUAGUUCCUUCCCCGAAAACCUUUUCUUUUAAAGAAUGUUCUAUAGAUAUUGUUGCUUUUAAUCAAUGGGGUAUUGAAAUGUCCACUGAAACAGAAGAGUCUAUUUAUAAAGAGAUUUAUUUAACUCCUGCAGCGCGAGAGCAGUCGGUGUGGCAUGUCGGAAAUUCCCAACCCCAAAGGUUCCCCGUGAUCCCAUUCCUCAUUCGUACGUAAGGUGUUUAAUAUUCAUUUUGGAACAUCUCUGCCCAUAUAGAUCUUGUUUACAAGGGGUCGAUGGUGUAAUCGUUUUAUACCAUUCCAUUCACUGUAUUUAGUCCAUAAAGCUGUUCUGAUGUGGCGUCGUGAUGUAACGUGUCAUGUAAAUCUAUUUAAUGUACGUGCUUUCUGAAUGUUUGAUGAUGAUCUCGGACCACUGUCUGUACUCACAGGAGGAAUAAAACGUACCUGUGCAACAA